AUGAGAGGAGGAAAGGAGAAGAAGGAGAAGGAGAAAAAGAAGGUGGUUGAACGGGAGGUUGAAGAGGAGGAGGAUGAGGCUGCAGAGGGAGUGUCUGAACUGGAGCCAGAGGAAGUGGAGGUGCCUCAUGAUCUUAUCCAAUCUGUGGUCGGCGAGAUGGGACCGUUGGAUGAAGGUGAGGGAGAGAAGGAAGAGGUGGGGGAGAAGGAAGUGGAAGAGGAGAACGUUCAACAGCCAAUUGGUGGAGGUGUGAGUCUUCUACAGGGCUACCUGAGUGAUUCAGGUGAUGAGGAUGAGGGUGAAGAAGAGGCUGAAGUGGAAGCGACUCAAGAGGUGGUGGUUCCUCAGGAUAAUGUUGCCGAGGAAGAUGUUGCCGAGGAGGAGGAAGAACAGCUGGGCGAAGAUGAUGCCCUGGAGGGACUGGUGGAUGUGAAUGCUGGGUUGGAGCUUCUGCUUUCUGACGAUGAGGCUGGUGAAGUUGAAGCAGACGAGGGAGUCAAGGAAACGUUUAAAUCGCUCUUAUCACAACACGAGGGGUCUUUCUCCAAGUACGAUCCAUGGUUUCUUGUGGUCGAGGAUCUCGUGCUGGUAAUGGCCCAGGAACCGGCUUUCUACAGUCUCCUGGAUAAAGAAAAGGAAACGGCGUUCAAUGAAUGGGUUGCCGAGUCUUCUUCAAACUUCAAGCAAGCACCCAAGGGCCGUUUUCCUACAGCUAACCUUCUAUUCUACCAGGAGCUUCAGGAACACAAAGCUGAGAUACGAAAGCUUCCUUAUGUUCAAUACAAAGAACAGUUUCCUUUCAACACAGAUGGUGAAGAACCUGACCGUUUAUAUAGGAAGCUACGGACGACGUUGGUUGAUUUUGCUGAUUACGAGAAGAAACUCAAGAAAGGCGGAUACAAAGGUGAAAAUUUGAAAGUGAAGAAAGUGAACGAAUUUGUGGCUAAUGAAUUGGCCAGUUUGCUGGUUGAAAAAGGAGAGCACGAGCUGCUGGCAGAUCUGUUCUUCGACAAGUGGAUCGACUUGUGCAAUGCCUUUAAUUUGCCAUUAUCCAUGGUUGAAAGUCCAGAGAACUUCAUCUUGGGCGAUGAAAAGAGGUACCUCUGUUACAAGGAUGCUCUCAUGAAGGAGGGUUCAGAUUAG